CCCGCCGACGCCGCGCUGCGCGCCGACGGGCGCUCCUGCGCGGCGCCCGGGGAGCACCCGUGCCACGAGCUCUGCGAGCACUUCUGCAUCCCCGACGCCGACCAGCCGCACGGCUACUCCUGCUGGUGCGAGGCGGGCUACCGGCUGGCGGCCGACCAGCACCGCUGCGAGGACGUGGACGACUGCGCGCAGGUGCCCAGCCCGUGCCCGCAGCGCUGCGUCAACGCGCAGGGCGGCUUCAAGUGCCACUGCUACCCGGGCUACGACCAGGUGGACGGCGAGUGCGUGAAGGCCGAGGACCCGUGCGCGGGGAACGACUGCGAGUACCAGUGCCAGCCGCUGGGCCGAGCCGGGUUCCGCUGCAUCUGCGCGCAGGGCUUCGCGCCCGUCCCGCACAGCCCGCACCAAUGCCAGAUGUUCUGCAACCAGACCGAGUGCCCGGCCGACUGCGACCCCAACAACCCGGACAGCUGCCAGUGCCCGGACGGCUACAUUCUGGACGAGGGCUCCAUGUGCAGCGACAUCGACGAGUGCGACGAUGACAUCUGCCCCAACGCGCUCUCCUGCAGAAACCUGCCUGGCACCUACGAGUGCGUCUGCGGGCCCGGCUGGGUGCAGACUGGCGGCGACUGCGACGCCAAGAUGACGAGCGAGGGCGAGGGCGAGGGCGAGGGCGAGGGCGAGGGCGAGGGCGAGGGCGGAGACGGCGGCUCUGGGCAGCCCCCGGUGAGCCCCACGCCCGGCGUCACCUCCAGCCCGGCGCCCGCGGGGUCCCUGCACUCUGGCGUACUCCUCGGCAUCUCCAUCUCCAGCUUGGCCCUGGUGGUGGCGCUCUUGGCGCUCCUCUGCCACCUGCGCAAGAAGCAGGGCUCCGCGCGGGCCGAGCUGGAGUACAAGUGCGGGGUCCCCGCCAAGGAGGUGGUGCUGGAGCACGUGCGGACGGAGCAGGCGCCGCAGAAACUCUAGGGGCCCCCCCGCCGGGGCCUUUCCUUCCCUCCUGCGCCUCGGUCCCCGGCCUCCGCCCCCAGCCUUACUCCUCUGGCUGCCCCCGAAGCACCUUAGCUGGCAUCAGAACCGGAGAGGACCCCCACCCCUUCUUUUGCUGACUCCAGGGAAUGGCUGGGGAGGAGGCGUUGGAAGGAGGGUGCACCCCAGUUCCUUGGAUGAUGUCACCAAGCUACUGGGCAGAGAUGGCAAUUUUAAAAUGAAGACGAAGCUUGCAAAGUGCCCCAGGCCCUCCCUAGGACAGGGGGGGACGAGCAUUAUUGGUCGGUGGCCUUUGGGCAGACAGCCAUCCGACCGACUAGUGAGUGUAACUGUGUCAUGGAUGAUGCUAAGAUAUUUAUUUUUUUAAGUAUUUAGGACUUUCCUUCUUUUCCUUGUUUCCCUCCCUGUAUGUCUUCAUAGCCACUUUGAGUCCCCCCCCCCUUCCUGCUCUCUCUAUCAGCCUCCCCAUCUAUGUAUUUAUAUACUCCCAGGUCUCAUGUGGGAGUUAAACUGUCUUGGUGACCUUUUUUUUCAGCCUCCCGCCUCUGUGAAGUCAAGCCCCGCUGCCCCGAUCCUGCCUCCCGGUUUUCCCUUCCCAGGAACUGAGCCAACCCCCCUGAGUCCCCUUACCUGUGCCUGACCCUACUUGCACUUUUAGCUGUCUGCCUGGGCAGAAAUCUUAUGCGAAACGGGAACAAAAGCACUAAAAACAAGAGUGGGUGGGCAUUUGCUCUUUCACCAGAUUUGCUGAUUUAUCCUGAAGCCUCCUGCUUCCAGAGCCACACCAUUUUAACAAAGGUUAAGAUGUGAGAAGCGUUUGUUAAAUUAAUGUUGCUGGACUGUCCUAGAAAUUCAACCCAAGGAGUUUUUAUUUUCAUUUUUUUAAACAGUGAGCCUGGGUUUUAUUAUUGUUGUUGUUUGGAUUUGGACUGAAAGGUAGUAAUUGUCAAGCUUUUGUGCAGUUUUCUUUUUCAUUAUUAUUAUUGUUGUUUUAUUGUUGUUGUUAUUAGUUAUUUUUAACAGUGCUGAAAUGUUCACGUGAUUGCUCUGGGCUGAAAGGAAAAAGAAGCGCCUCCCGGGAGAGCGUUUAAGAGAGUUCUGAGUUGCCUGAUUCAUGCCAGUUAUCAUUUUGACUCUGUUUUUGUAAUUUGUAGGCCAAAAUAAAACCAGCUUUACUGUUUUUUGGGCAUUUGGGAGUUUGGGGAUAGAACCUGGUGGAUGCCCAAUUUGGGGCCUGGCCUCCAUCAGGCCCUUGAGAAUUUCUCCCAAGAAAUUCACUUGGAGCUUGCUCCCCCAAAGAAAUGGGGGCUGUCUUCCCCUUCCCCCAGCAGCUGGUUAGAAAUGCAGAAACCUGGGCCCCACCCCACCUAUUCUAGGAGAAGCUGUAUUUUAACAAGAUCUGCAGGGGGGUUAUUUGCAGAGAACUGUUCCAGACAGCUUCCGACUUCUGGAAUACAGUAUAUAUGGACCCUAAUAAGGAGCAGACCAAGUCAGUCCCUUUUUUUACCAAGAAACUGAGGAAUUUUAAUUUCCAGUAGAAAAUACUAGGUACACCCCUUUAGACAUCACUAAACAGGGUUUUUGGUUCAACUAAGCUAGGAAUGAAAUCAUGAAUGGGAAAAAAAAAAGUGUAUCUUUUGGGACAUAAAGAUUUUUUUCUACUAUUUUGUAAACUGAGCAUAUUUGUACAUGGUUAUUUAUUUAUUGGAGAUAAACUAGAACACGGGCAAAACCCUUGCUUAUGACAUCACAUGUAGAAAAUAAACAAAUAACAGCGCG